CGCCCCCGGCCCCCAUUAGGGCCCGGCCUCGCGGCGGCUGCGGUAACAACGGAGGCAGGGACUCCGAAGCUCGGAGGAGUCUUGGAUCCCGGGAGAGGGCGCGGCACGACAGGGGCAGCCUUCCACCACAGAGAGCCCAGCUGUCAGCUGCCCCAGAGGAAGAUGGGCAGCCCUGCCACAGGUGUGCGUGUGGCCACCGCCCUGGGAGGGCUUUGGUUCUGCCUCACAGGCACCGCCUUGGUGGUCCAGGUUCCCCAAGACCCCGUAGUGGCCCUGGUGGGCACCGACGCCACCUUGUGCUGCUCCUUCUCACCGGAGCCCGGCUUCAGCCUGGCGCAGCUCAACCUCAUCUGGCAGCUGACAGACACCAAGCAGGUGGUGCACAGCUUCUCCGAGGGCCGAGACCAGGGCAGCGCCUAUGCCAACCGCACAGCGCUCUUCUCCGACCUGCUGGUGCAGGGCAAUGCAUCCCUAAGACUGCAGCGCGUGCGCGUGGCAGAUGAGGGCAGCUUCACCUGCUUCGUGAGCAUCCGGGACUUUGGAAGCGCUGCAGUCAGCCUGCAAGUGGCAGCCUCCUAUUCAAAGCCCAGCAUAACCCUGGAGCCCAACAAGGACCUACGGCCUGGAGACACGGUGACCAUCACGUGCUCUAGUUACCGGGGCUACCCCAAGGCUGAGGUGCUCUGGCAGGAUGGGCAGGGUGCACCUUUGACCGGCAACGUGACCACGUCGCAGAUGGCCAACGAGCAGGGUUUGUUCGAUGUGCACAGCAUCCUGAGGGUGGUGCUGGGCGCUAAUGGCACCUACAGCUGCCUGGUGCGCAACCCUGUGCUGCAGCAGGACGUUCACGGCUCCGUCACCAUCACGCCCCACAGAAGCCCUGCAGGCGCUGUGGAGGUCCAGGUCCCGGAAGACCCCGUAGUGGCCCUGGUGGGCACCGACGCCACCUUGUGCUGCUCCUUCUCACCGGAGCCGGGCUUCAGCCUGGCGCAGCUCAACCUCAUCUGGCAGCUGACAGACACCAAGCAGGUGGUGCACAGCUUCUCCGAGGGCCGAGACCAGGGCAGCGCCUAUGCCAACCGCACAGCGCUCUUCUCCGACCUGCUAGUGCAGGGCAAUGCAUCCCUAAGGCUGCAGCGCGUGCGCGUGGCGGAUGAGGGCAGCUUCACCUGCUUCGUGAGCAUCCGGGACUUUGGAAGCGCUGCAGUCAGCCUGCAAGUGGCAGCCCCCUAUUCAAAGCCUAGCAUGACCUUGGAGCCCAACAAAGACCUACGGCCUGGGGACACAGUGACCAUCACGUGCUCUAGCUACCGGGGCUACCCCGAGGCCGAGGUGCUCUGGCAGGAUGGGCAGGGUGCACCCUUGACCGGCAACGUGACCACGUCGCAGAUGGCCAACGAGCAGGGUUUGUUCGAUGUGCACAGCAUCCUGAGGGUGGUGCUGGGCGCUAAUGGCACCUACAGCUGCCUGGUGCGCAACCCUGUGCUGCAGCAGGAUGCUCACGGCUCUGUCACCAUUACAGGACAGCCCAUGACAUUCCCCCCUGAGGCCCUAUGGGUGACUGUGGGACUCUCCAUCUGUCUUGUUGUACUACUGGUGGCCCUGGCCUUUGUUUGCUGGAGAAAGAUCAAACAGAGCUGUGAAGAGGAAAAUGCAGGAGCUGAGGACCAGGAUGGGGAUGGAGAAGGUUCCAAGACGGCCCUGAGGCCUCUGAAACACUCCGAAAACAAAGAAGAUGAUGGACAAGAAAUAGCCUAACCACAAAGACCAGGGAGCUGCCGCCCCUGCCCUGGGCCCCCACCUCCGACUGCACUGGGGCCUCAGCACGAGCCCUGGGUUGGGGCUUCCCUGUCCUCAACAGAUGGUUUCUACCCUGGCGGGUCUACUCAUUCUGCAAAGGACACGACACAUAGACAACCCCGCAGCCUUAUUUCUCCAAUGGACAUGACUUCCAAGUCAUCCUGCUGCCGUAUUUCUCCAGUGACACAAUAUUUAAAUCAUCCUGCUGCCUUAUUCUAAUGGACACAAUACGCAGACCACCGCACCACCUUAUUUCUCCAGUGGAUAUGCUACACAGACCAUCUGGCUGUCUUUUUUCUCCGAAGGACACAAUAGACUGACCCUCUGCCUUAUUUCUCCAAAGACAUGACACACGGUCACCCCUCAUCUUGUUUCUCCAGUGGCCCUGAUACACUAGUUAACACUUUUCAGCCUUUCUUGACCUGUCUGUAGUCCCAUCUCCUCAGACGGAGCACUACAGCCUCAGCGUCUCCUUGAGUCUAUCCUUGUCUCCUCCCGCCUCCUCCCACCCUGGCCUAACUUUGGCCUUUCCCUCAACGAAGUAAAGACAGGUCCCCUCUCACAGCACGCAGAGACAUGCAGCUGCACGUGCUGGAACACGUACAAACCUCCCCUGGCCCAUUCUCUUCCGUGGUACUCUGGGUUGUGUCCUGUGAGCCCCCCUCUGCCUACCCUCCCCACAGGAAGCAUGUGCUGGUCACACUGGGUCUCUAGGGGUCAGCUUUUGUCCAUCUGCUUUUCCCACCUUUCCUUUUGUUUAUCCAUUCAAGUAAUGUUCACUGAGCACCCAUAGGGUGUCAGCACUGUGUUAGAUGUGGGGGACCCUCCGUGAAAAGACAAGCCACUCCCUAUAGUAGCUUGCCCUUGAGCUGGAAACCCUCAUGAAACCCUCAUGAACCCUCAUGAACAGUAGUUCAUGAGGAGGGGAUCCUGCCUUGCUACCUACUGUACCCCUCAUCCGUGCCCACAACCUGGGUACCUCACCCCCAUUGCAUCCCUAGUCCUUACCCAGAGUGGUGGGGGUGGGGUGGGGCAGGAGCAGAAACUGGGAGAGAGGGAUGGAGAGCCUAUUGCCACAGCUGGAGGAGCUGAUGGUUCCCAAAAUGUCUUUUUAGAGCGAGCAGGUGGGCAGAUAGCCAAGGCCUAACAAAUCCCGAGAGCCCUGCACAGGGGAAGCCUGAGGCCUCUGGGAGCAGGGCUGCAGCUUCUCCUCCCACCAUGGUGCUAUUUUGGGGCCAGGCAGACAUCUCUAGCCUGUCUCUGGCUGGCCCCCAGCCUCUGGUAGAGUAAACUGAUGUUCUCCCACUGACAUAUCUCCCUUCUCCAGCAAGGGAAGACGUGGGGAUUUCUAAUUUAAAUGUGGAACUCCGAGGAAUUUUGUUAAAUGGGGGUGUAUCUGGGGGAAAAUAAAUGCCUUUGUACAAAGUU